UUCUGAGUGAUAGUUCUGAGCCGGAGUAAUCCAACCACUCCGUCACAGCAGCUGGCUGCUAUCCAAGCCCUGAGCAGAGUCAGGAGUAACUGAGCUUCCUUCCCAAGAGAGGAAACAGUUAAAGUCUCAGGGCAGCUGCAGUCAUCUGGGCGUGGUUCGCUGGUCUGACUUGGGCUGCACAGAUCUUGGGCCAAGGGACAGAGGAAGGACGGCUAGGGUGGCAGUGCGUCCCAGAUGGCUGAGUUGGAUCUAAUGGCCCCAGGGCCAUUGCUGGGGGACACUCUUCAUUCUCUAGGCCCUCUUAGCCCAGACUCAGCCAGCCCAGCAGAAGAAGAGGCUGUGGGUAGACCUGUGGAAGAGACAACAGAGGGACAGGGUGGUGGCCCAGCUGAGCCUGGGGCUUCUGGUGGUGAUGGGGAGGAGGAGAUCUUGUGUGACUUUUGCCUCGGGGGCAGCAAGGUGAAAGCAGUGAAAUCCUGUCUGACCUGCAUGGUGAAUUACUGUGAGGAGCACCUUCGGCCGCACCAGGAGAACAGCAAACUGCACAGCCAUCAGCUGACCGAGCCGGUGAAGGACAGAGACCUGCGUACCUGCCCUGACCACCACAACUCGCUGGUUGCCUUUUGCUGCACAGAUCAGCAGUGUAUCUGCCAGGAAUGUGCCCAGGACAAGCACAAGGGCCACGCUGCUAUCUCCCUGGAGGCAGCCCGAAGGCACAAGGAGGCUGAACUUCAGUGCAUACGACUGGACCUCGAGCAGAAACUCAAACUGAAUGAAAAUGCCAUUGCAAGGCUCCAAACCAACCAUAAAUCUGUUUUGGUGUCAGUGUCGGAGGUAAAGGUGGCAGCUGAGGAGCAGUUCGGGGAACUCCUGGCUGCUGUGAGGAAGGCCCAGGCUGACGUGAUGCUCUUCCUGGAGGAAAAGGAACAAGCUGCUCUGAGCCAGGCCAAUGGCAUCAAGACCCACCUGGAGUACAGGAGUGCAGAGAUGGAGAAAAGCAGGCAGGAGCUGGAGAGGUUGGGAGCCAUCAGCAACACCGUUCUCUUCCUGGAGGAAUACUGUAAGUUUAAGAACAGCGAAGACACUGCCUUCCCUAGCGUUUACAUAGGGCUGAAGGAUAAACUCUCCGGUAUCCGCAAGGUCAUCACAGACUCUACUGGACACUUGAUCCAGUUGCUGGAGAACUAUAAGAAAAACCUGCAGGAUUUUUCCAAUGAAGAGUAUGACAUCAGAACGCAAGUGUCUGCCAUCGUCCAGCCCAAGUACCGAGCCUCAAAGCCUGAGCCCAGAACCAGGAAAGAGUUUCUCCAAUAUGCAUGUGACAUCACAUUUGACCCAGACACAGCACACAAGUAUCUACGGCUGCAGGAGGAUGAUCGCAAGGUCACCAACACCACCCCUUGGGAGCAUCCCUACCCAGACCACCCGAGCAGGUUUGUACACUGGCGCCAAGUGCUGUCCCAGCAGAGCCUGUACCUUCACAGGUACUAUUUUGAGGUGGAGAUCUCUGGGGCAGGCACCUAUGUUGGCCUGACCUGCAAAGGCAUCGACCGAAAAGGAGAGGAACGCAAUAGUUGUAUUUCGGGAAACAACUUCUCCUGGAGCCUCUGUUGGAACGGGAAGGACUACACAGCCUGGCACAGCGACACAGAGACCCCGCUCAAGGCUGGUCCUUUCCAGAGGCUUGGCAUCUAUGUCAACUUCCCAGGAGGGACUCUUGCCUUCUAUGGUGUAGAAUACGAAGCCAUGACUCUGGUUCACAAGUUCGACUGUAAGUUUUCAGAACCGGUUUAUGCUGCUUUCUGGCUUUCCAAGAAGGAAAGCACCAUCCGGAUUGUGGAUCUGGGAGAGGAACCCGAGAAGCCAGAGCCAUCCUCAGUAGAGACUGCUCCCUAGGUUCUAGGAUCCAUCUUGCAGGCUUUUGCUAACCACAGUGAUGUGGUAGCAGCUUAUAUAUUUUUUUCAGUGUUGGUUAUUCAACCAAGGAGGAUUUGUACUGAGCUACAUUCCACCUUUAAAAAAUUUUUUUUGAAGCAGUGUCUCACUAAGUUUCUAAGUGCACAACUUGGACUCAAACUUGUGAGCUUCCUGUAUCAACCUCCUAGAACACCGUGCCUUGAAAUAUCUGCCCAUGAUAGCUUGGUGUUUAAUUCAUGUGGCUCUAUGAGUGAUGAAGAUUCUCUAGCUGCGUCUCUUUGCUGCAUACAGCAUUUCUUUGUAUGUUUGCAACGACUGUAAGGCACCAAAAUCUCUCCGGUCAUUUCCUAAUGAUACCCGCCUACCUCCCCAGGUGAAUAUCAUACUUUGCUCAGUAUUGCUAAUGAGGAAUCUUCAGAUUUCUAAUGAGCAGACUGCAGAGAAACAACAAUAAAUUUAAAAUUUUACUGUU